GCCGUCAACCAUGGCCGGCGCGGCGGGCAGGCCACGAAAGAAAUGUGGCCGCGGGUUUCGCUUAGUACCGACUUAGACUGCUCUAAGUGGCGGUUGUGUGCGCGCCGGUGUCCGCCGUCGUAUCGUAUCGUUACGCACAGACACGCACGGUCGAGACGCACCACAGAGGUCGCGCAAAGGGCCCGUUGCAGCCCGCGAACGUUCCCGAGCGGUGACGGAGACGGCGAUCGGUAGUGACAGUGACAACGCGAGCCGGGGCCCAGACGAGGGUCCAACCGCGUCCGGGGUUACUCGCGCGGUAGCACGUGAUCGAUCGUCGUGCGAUUCACGCGGGAAGAACGAUCGUCGCGCGCGCGCGGGCGCGCGAUACGAUUUUCCUCGUCGUGCGCUGGUCGUGAUUCGUCCCGUCAGAGAGAGAGAGAGAGAGAGAGAGAACGGAGGAGACAGAGAGGGACGUAUUUACGCUGCGGGUAACCUAAAAACCGAUCUCGCCGACGCAGUCGCGAUACAUCGGCAGAACGCGCGCGCAUGCGCGUCGCGGCUCACUGUCCCGUGCGCGAAUUUCGAGCGGGGAUCACGUGGUAUCCGCGAAUCGCGGAUAGUGUUGGUGAGAAGUGCUCCCGAAAGGUGUUACGGUUUCCCGGAUAGUGAGUGUGAGGGGCAAGUCCCGUGUCCAGCGACUCGAUUGCGCGAAUCCGUGAUAUCGGCGUCGAGAGAACAGCGAUUCGUGCCCCCCGCCUUGCCCGAAUUCUACGAGAGAGGAUUAUCAUUGAGGUGUCAUCGUUGACGUUGGUCAUCAUUUUCGCGGAUCGUUGAGAUACUUGGUAAGCUUGGUAACACGAGAGGAUGAGGGAUUAAAGAAAUCGGUCUUGUGAGAUAUUGGAGAUAGAGAAAGAGAGAAAGAAAGAGAGGAAGAGAGAGAGAGAGAGAGAGAAAGUAAAGCUCCGAGCAAAGGUGAACGGCAAGUUUGUCAAGUCGUAACCGCGCGUGGCGUGCGGGCGAAUGCAUGACGGAUCAUGGUUUCCGCGUCCGGCCCCAUAUCCACAGGGAUCCUAGCGGGACGCCCUUCUGGAUCGCAGGGCCCGCGGCAGCAUGGAAGCAGCGCAGAGUGCGAGAAGGACGCCAGAGCAACGGAUAGCGCGAAGAAACGACACGAAUCGGAUCUUUACGUCAGGCCCAGCUGGACGGACGCCGCGAUAGCGUUGGAUCAACUGGAAAAGGGAAAGGCGGAGGGUCAGAGGUCAGCGGUGUGGAUCAGAGCGCGACUGCAAGAUCAGCUAAGUCAACUGGGUUUCUUCCUGCAAAGGCAUGCCGGGAAGGCGCUCUUUGUGGCCAUCCUCGCGUUGGCGACGUUCUGCGUUCCUCUCAAGUCCGCGCAAGUCUAUAGCAAGGUCGACCAGCUGUGGGUGCAGGAAGGUGGAAGGUUGCAGAAAGAGUUGACCUACGCGUCGGAGGCGCUCGGCGAGGCUGCCGCGUCGACGCACCAGCUCGUCAUCCAAACGCCAAGGCAUUCCGGAGCAAAUAUCUUGCACCCGGCCGCGCUCAAAGAACAUUUGGCAGUACUCAAGGCUGCGACGCAAGUUACGGUGCACCUGUUCGACAUCACGUGGAGGCUGAAGGACUUGUGCUACGCGCCGAGCAUACCCAACUUCGACCUGCACUAUAUCGACCAGAUCUUUGACAGUAUUAUACCUUGCGCUAUCAUCACACCGCUCGAUUGCUUUUGGGAAGGUAGCAAACUCUUGGGUCCAGAAUAUCCCGUUCACAUACCAUCUCUGACACGGACAAACAGUGGAAUAAAGAAUAACAAUAAGCCAGUCCGAUGGACGAAUCUCAAUCCCUCCAGUUUGUUGAACGAUAUGAAGAAGUUGGAGUUCUCGUUUCCGUUUAAGACACUCGAAGACUACAUGAAGAGAGCUGGAAUAACGAACGGCUAUCAGAGCAAGCCCUGUCUGAAUCCAGCGGAUGCGGAAUGCCCGGAAACCGCGCCUAACAAAAAAUCUCAGGAGGUACCCGACGUAGGGGUCGAAUUGACGGGUGGUUGCUACGGCUUCGCGGCCAAAUACAUGCAUUGGCCGGAGGAGCUGGUGGUCGGCGGUGCCAAGCACAACAAGACGGGCCACUUGACUCGCGCGGCCGCUCUGCAGACCGUGGUGCAGCUGAUGGGCGAGCGCGAGCUGUACGAUUUCCUGGCGAACACCUACAAGGUCCACCAUAUCGAUUGGUCGCAGGAGAAAGCGGCUCAGGUGCUGGAGACCUGGCAAAGAGCAUUUAGCAAUGAGGUGAAAAAGUUGAUGGACAUCAAUGGGUCGGCACCGUAUAAUCUGUACGCCUUCAGCACGACCACGAUGAACGAUAUCCUCGGGAAGUACAGCGAGGUGUCCGUCAUGAAGAUUGCGAUUGGAUGCGGGCUCAUGUUGUUAUACGCCGGAAUAGCACUCUUUCGUUGGAAGGAUCCAGUGCGCUCGCAGUCCGGAGUGGGAAUAGUCGGUGUGAUACUGGUUUGCGCCACGGUAGCAGCCGGUUUGGGUUUCUGUGCGCUUUUGGGGAUCCCAUUUAACGCCACCACGACGCAGAUAGUGCCAUUUCUCGCGCUCGGUUUGGGCGUGCAUGACAUGUUCCUGCUGACGCACACGUACGCCGAGCUCUCGGUGAACGAGGUGCCCAGCGGCGAGCAAACGGGAGUCGUUCUCAAACGAACCGGCCUGUCGGUGCUGUUGGCGGGUAUUAGUAACGUUUCCGCGUUUUUCGCGGCGGCAAUAAUUCCGAUCCCAGCCCUUCGAACGUUCUGUCUGCAAGCCGGCAUCCUGUUGGUAUUCAAUCUGGCCGCCAUGCUGCUAAUAUUCCCCGCGAUGGUCAGUUUAGACCUACGACGAAGGCGUUCCGGCCGAAGGGACAUUCUCUGUUGUUGCUUGCCGACGGCGUCCAAUCCCAGGAAGAACAGAUACUCCGUGAGGAACAACGGUACGGUCAAACAGACGGUCACCAGAGCGAUACCACCUGAGAGACGGGAGACCUGCACGCAGAUCCUAACACCGCAGAACGCGCAGAACGAAUCCUGGAUAGGUGGAAAUAUCAUCGACGCGGAGUUGGACAAGCAGUGCACGGAGGAGGACGCUCUGACCGGCUGUUCGCAGGACGACUGUCUCAGCUUCUCUUUCACGCAGCUCGCUGCACGGCAUUACGCACCCUUCAUCAGCAGACCGGCCACCAAGGUGUUCGGCAUGAUAAUCCUGGUCUGUGUGCUGGCCGGUAGCGUGUGGCAGACGAUGCGCGUACGUGACGGCUUAGAUCUGACGGAUCUGGUGCCGCAGAACUCGAACGAGUACGCGUUCCUGUCUGCCCAGGCGAAGCACUUUGGUUUCUACAACAUGUAUGCAGUUACUGGUCGAGAUUUCGAAUAUCCCAACAAUCAGCGACUGCUGUACGAGUAUCACGACGCCUUUAUGCGCAUCAAGAACGUCUUCAAGAAUGACAAUGGCGGUCUACCCGAGUUCUGGCUCGGCCUGUUCCGCGAUUGGUUGAAGAGCCUGCAGACGGCGUUCGAUAAAGACUACAACAACGGCUGCAUCACUCAGGAGAGGUGGUACAAGAAUGCCAGCGAUGAAGCAAUCCUGGCAUACAAAUUGCUCGUGCAGACCGGCUACGUGGACAAUCCAAUCGAUAAGACGCUGAUCACUCAGGUGCGACUGGUCGACUCGGAGGGCAUCAUCAAUCCGCGCGCAUUCUACAACUACUUGAGCGCCUGGGCGUCCAACGACGCACUCGCCUACGGUGCCUCACAGGCGAAUCUGAGACCCGAACCACGCCAGUGGAUCUACACUAACGAUCACGAGCUGAAAAUCCCAAAAAGCAUGCCGCUCACUUAUGCACAAAUGCCAUUUUCCCUGCACAAGCUCACCGACACGCAGGAGAUUACGGAACUGAUCAGUAGCGUGCGGAAACUGUGCAAGAGAUUCGAGGAGCGCGGCUUGCCGAAUUUUCCAUCCGGAAUACCGUUCCUAUUUUGGGAGCAAUACUUGGACUUGAGGAGUUGUUUGGGUAUGGCUCUCCUGGCCGCGUUGGGCGCGAGCGUCAUCGUGGUUGGAGUACUGUUGCUGAACGUGUGGGCCGCUAUCCUGGUCGGUCUCUCCUUAGCCGCCGUCGUUUUACAGCUGUUGGGCAUUAUGGGUCUGUGCAACAUCAAGCUGAGCGCCGUCCCCGCUGUGCUACUAGUGGUCAGCGUUGGCAUAGCCGUUCACUUCAUGGUACACAUUUGUCUGAGUUUCGUUACCAGCGUGGGUAGCAGGGAUCGCAGAAUGCGUUUAGCUUUGGAACACAUGUACGCUCCGGUUAUUCACGGUGCGCUCACCACGCUGCUCGCGGUGAUGAUGCUCGCGUUUUCAGAGUUUGAGUUUAUAGUCAACUAUUUCUUCCUUGUGCUGCUUUGCGUUAUCGGCAUCGGUCUAGUGAACGGCAUUUUCUUCUUCCCCAUUCUACUGUCGCUGAUCGGUCCAUCGGCAGAAGUAAUUCCGAACGAUCAUCCAGACCGCAUCUCCACACCGACGCCACCGCCGUCGCCCGUCCUAAGAAGAUCCAAACCGCCCGCGCCGCCGAGAAGGUCUCACAAGAUCGAAAACGCCAGACUGCACGCCGAGCCGUCGUUAACGACCAUCACUGAGGAGCCCAACUCGUGGCACAGCACGCAGGAUAAUGCAUCCUGCAUUAUCGUUCAACCAGAACUCAAGGUGGAAACUACGUCCACGUGCGGCAAUCAGAACUGUAGCGGAUCAGAUACGAGUGGAUCUAGUCGAACGUCGCCGGUUCCAUCCACGUCGCACAUCACCACUAAAGUCACCGCGACAGCGAACAUAAAGGUCGAGGUUCACACACCGUUGACCAGUGGAGUGGAUCGUAAUGAAAAAUGCCGACACGCGGGCGCCAGUAGCCGAAGGAGCUCGCGCUGCAGUACGAACGUUAAUGCUGGGGAGUCUUCCGGCUCCGGUUCUGAGCCGGAUUCAGACUCUAAUCCAAAACACUGAUAAUAAAUAUCAGGGGGACCGGCAGCUGCUGCUCAAGUACCACGCAAAGCGGGAAAACAAAGAAGGCUGACUAGGAUAGAUUAAUAGACUCUUCAUUCUCUCUUCCCGUUUCCAUCUAUUUCUGUCCCCUUUUAUCGUUUUCACCUUGUUUCCUCCUUUUCUCUCCUACGCCGUUUUCUUUUCCCACGCGGAUAAUGCGACACGGUUGUCUUCCUCGAAAAAAAGAAACGUAUCUCUAAUGUAAUAAUUUCUGGUGGAGUUUUCAUUUCUCUCGUGCCCCUUUCGUAUGAAAUUUAUGCGCAACAAUUUCGGGCGGGGGAAGGGGCAUUCUCAGCGCGUUCUCUAAAAAUUCGAAUAUCUUAUUACAUUAAACGCAUGAUAGUAUUAUAUAUACGGGGACAAUAAUGCGUACAACCUUAAUAAAUUGAUCCAAUAGA